CCAAGAUGGAGGAGUACGCGCGCGAGCCCUGUCCCUGGAGGAUAGUAGAUGACUGCGGAGGUGCUUUCACGAUGGGAGCGAUAGGAGGUGGCAUUUUCCAAGCUAUCAAGGGCUUCAGAAAUUCCCCAGUGGGUGUAAACCACCGGCUGCGGGGAAGUUUGACAGCUAUUAAAACAAGAGCUCCACAACUGGGAGGUAGCUUUGCUGUUUGGGGAGGUCUCUUCUCCAUGAUUGACUGCAGUAUGGUCAGAAUGAGAGGGAAAGAAGAUCCGUGGAAUUCAAUCACAAGCGGAGCCCUGACUGGAGCCAUAUUAGCUGCCAGAAAUGGACCUGUUGCCAUGGUCGGAUCUGCUGCGAUGGGAGGAAUUCUCCUGGCUUUAAUUGAAGGAGCUGGUAUUCUGUUAACAAGAUUUGCCUCCACGCAGUUUCCGAACGGCCCUCAGUUUUCAGAUGACCCCUCCCAGCUGCAGCCCUCUCCGUUUGGCGACUACAGGCAAUACCAGUGAUUGUCCUCGUUCUCCUCGUUCACUUCGUACCUGAGCUGUAAUUUAAAAUGCUGGAGGACCAAGAUGCGGUAUGUCUUUACACCAGUGGUAAUCCCUUACACAAACCAUGCCAAGAGGACCUUCAGCACUUUUCAGUGUAAAGCUGCACGGGAGAACUUUUAGAAGAUGACAAAUCUAUUUAUUCAUGAUAGAUUCCAUUGCUGUAGUGUUGAUACAUGUCUGAUAGAAUACAUGGAGAUUUAAGACAAGGACCAAAUGGAGUCUUGUCAUCCUUUGGACAUGGACUGAAGUGAAAGUCCUUGGAGUCUUCUCUGGGAUGCGGCAUUGACCAUCCGCAGUGAACGCAGCUGGAAUUUAGCCACUUCCCCGUCGGAUUUAGGUUGCUACACAUAUUUCAGCUUCAGGAAAAUAAUUCAUCUACACGCAGUUUUACAUUCCUAAAGUGAAUACUAUUGGGAGAGUGUGCAAGCCAGUGAAAAUUACUUCCAGCAAUAUAUAUUUCACUGCUGUUCUUUGUUUUCUACGCUACCGCCAUGCAGCCUAAGUCCUUUGGUUAGAGCCGAAUCUGCCUUUUGUGGAUCCGCGGGCUGCAGCGUCCUUCCGCCUUCCCCUAAACCCGCAAGGCUUUAGCAGAAGGUGGCAGCAAACUAAUUCUUCACCUCUGCUGCUGCUUGCUGUGGCUGGAAAGGGAACACCACAGCCAGCUUCCCCUCCUAGAGCUGCAGCGAGGCGUGGGUAGGAGCCCCGAACAGAAAACACGUAGGGCUGUGGGGCGGGAGGGGGAAGCAUUGCGCAUGCGUGCCUGCUGCCCACGCAGCCUCUUGCCUUUUCACCUCGGAUCCGGUCCUAAGCACGAUUAAAACACCUGCUCCACGUUUUUGUUCUUAAACUCCAGUUCUGGAGGCAUGUUCCCUCUUGCCAGCAGUUAAAAAAUCAUAUCCAGUGAGGUUUUCUGUUGUUAAUGCUAGUUAGUACUGUUGCUUGCUGGCAGUUCUGAUAAAAUAUCCAUUUUGAAAAAGGCGUUAGUAAUAUUAUCUGAGCCACUUCAUGGCUUUUCCUCUGCCCAGGAGGGAGUGUGAUCUCUGCCCUCCGUCAGGAAACUGAGUCAGACCCGUUCAGUGGGAGGGGAGGAUGAAAGUAACACAGAAGCGGUCACGGUACUGUUUGGCAAACGGGUGGGUGAGGAUUGUACUACAUGUGCGUGCAAGUGCCAGAUCCUGACCGUCUCCUACGUCCUGUCAUCCUGUAAAAGUGACAUUUUCCUGUUUCCACCCCCCCCGACCCGUCCUCGAACCGCUCCAGGACUGCCGGGGCUUGCGUCUCUGGUACCUUACUGUGCCGUAUAGUUGCUGCUGGAGUGUAAUUUUCAAAAAUCCUUAAGCACAAAAGCACUCUGUGUGUGUAUGUAUGUGUGAAGGCGUGUCUUGCUGUGCCACUUACCUGGUUCCUGGGGUGAAUUGUCAAGACAGUUUUCUUGAUUUGCGUCACUCGGCCAGUGCUCCCUCCUCUUCCCGGUUGAGACCCCCCCCCAGCCGUAGGGUUGCGGGUGAGUCUCUGGUCUUUGAGAGAGGUACAGUGCUCUCGUCAGCUGCAGAGCCUCCCCCGUGUAUCCAAAUCUGCAUGUUAAUCACCAGGUGUUUUCCCGUACUCUUUAUAUAGGAUUAGAGCACUCGGGCGUUGUUCCAGUCUGCGUGCAGCUCCAGGGUUUCGCUCUCCGGCCCGGCCCUUGGACCCCUGAGCUGUCCUUAGGGGUUUGCUGGGAGGGGAGAGGACUCGGCUGAGUCCUGUAGUUAAGCAGCAGCCCGGAGCGCUUGGGUGACGUCUCCCAGCAGGCUCGGGCCCGGGCAGGGCACAGGGGUGCGCAGGACCCCUGGUAGGUUGAGCUGCAGCGGGGGAACCUGCUGCUCCCCGCCCUGGGGACUCCAGCCAGGCCCUGCCUUCACAGUCCCCAGAGCCAGGCCACAUCCAAACAUCUCAA